AUGAAGGGAACUUUGGAGAAGGCCGCUCUAGAGCAGUUCUCCAGGGGUUUGACUGAAUUAGAAUUAGGCACAGAUGAGGUUUUUGUCAUCGCCUCUGCACCCAACUCAGCCCAACUGCCUUUCUCCCCACAUACUCAACGAGACCGUUUCCUGAGACACAGUGACACGGGAUCCAGCCGCCCCUUUGACUGGUCGACUCCAGACCAAGCGCUGCCUUCUGUGACAAAGAGCAGCCAUGCCGGGUCCACAAACAGCGCACGACCACGAGCAUGGAGCGUCCGAACCUUCCAGGAUCUCCUUCCACCUCUUCCUCAACUCCAUAAGAAAUGGUGCAGCUGGAACUCAACCAGCCCAUUCACAAAGCUGGUGGACAGUGGACUCACAAGCACAUCUACAGACACUAGAAGGGGAAAGGUCCUAUCUGAUGCUCCUCUUCAUAGUCCCGCCAACAGCUGCCAGUCCGACUCCUUCAUGAGUAACGCCUCGUACCCCCUGACUCAACCCGCCCAGUGCCAGCGACGUCUCAACUCCACCAGCAACCUCAGACGCGCACGUUUCAACACUCCAUGCUUUGGCCUGCUGUCUGGCACAUCUGAGUCCUCCAAACCACAAGUAAAUGGAAUUACAACCUCAAAUACGUUCUCCGACACCAGCGGUGCCCCAUCAAGCCAGCUGCAGGUCAAAGGUCAAGUAUCAAGGAUUGAGGAUGACCACAUCACAGUACCAGUGUUUGCAAUCUCAGAAGAGGAAGACCAACAGCCUCUUGUUUCAGCAGAACAUCCCGAGAAGCCUUUGAGAAUGAAUGAACAGAUGUUUGAAGGCACAAAGAUGCCACUGCUAUCGAAAAGCCAAGUUCCCAGCAUCCAACCAAUCUCUUUAUCGAGGGGAGGCCGUGGAGGUGCAUUGAAGACGCAGGAUCCUUCAGCUCUCUCUUGUUAACAGUGACCCCAGAAAUAAAGUCUGCCAGUGCCAUGAAGUUUGAGAAAUGAUGGUCAUGUCAGGACUGAAAACUCACAGCUUAUGAGCUGUUCCUGAUGUCUUCAUAUGGUGUGAAGCACAUAUAUGGUGUGUGACUAUGCCGUGGAGUUUCAAAAGGGUUUGUUAUGAAUAUUGGCAUGAAUGAAAAAUGUAAGCACUUAUUGUUCUUCCUGUUAUUGUAUCUGCACAGUUAAUUCACUAAAACUAUCUAACAGUAUAUUUUAUAACCUGCAAAUGUAUGUAUAUGAUAAACUUUUAACCAAGAU